AUGGAUGUCGUUGCCGCAAACCCAAAAACAGUAAAGAAACGGUUCUGGACAAUAUCACGCGAGGAUGGCGAAGACUCACAUCAUCACCAUCAUCAUCACCACCUCCAUCAUCAUCAUCGCGGUGGCCAUGGACAUAAUCACGGUAACAAAGUUCCAUACAAUGGUUAUAAUUCCGAGGAGUAUCUAGACAGACUGGAACCAAAUGGGAAUAUACCAGCCGAUAAAUCUAAUUGCAGAUAUGGAGCCCAAGAAACUGCAAAUAAUGAUAAAACACAAGAUAAAGACUGGCGUAGCACCGACAGCACCGGCCACCAUGAUCGCGUUCAGCGGCAAUUGUCCGUUUCAUCCGAUAGCAAACUACUGGACGACGACAUUCGAGAGGAGACGCGUGUUAUUAUGCGCCCGAAAAAGCCGCCCAGACCCAAAUCGGAGGUUUUCCUUAACAAACAAGACCCGCAUCCACGACGGAAACGGUUUAGUGCAUUUGGCGGUGACUCGCCAUUUGGAAAAUCAGAUGCCUACAUAAAACUCGAGCCGCUCGGUGAGGGCUCAUACGCCACAGUCUACAAGGGCUUCAGCAAUUUGACACAUCAACGUGUUGCAUUAAAAGAAAUUAGACUGCAAGAGGAAGAGGGCGCCCCGUUUACGGCGAUACGUGAAGCCUCGCUGCUGAAAGAACUGAAACACUCAAACAUUGUGACGUUGCAUGACAUUGUGCACACAAGGGAAACGCUGACGUUCGUUUUCGAAUAUGUGAAUACCGACUUAUCACAGUAUAUGGAGAAACACCCUGGCGGUCUGGAUCAUCGUAAUGUUCGUUUAUUUCUGUUUCAAUUGCUGCGCGGCCUCUCCUACUGCCAUAAGCGACGCGUUCUACAUCGUGAUGUUAAGCCGCAAAAUUUAUUGAUAAGCGAUUGUGGAGAAUUGAAAUUGGCGGACUUCGGUUUGGCGCGUGCAAAAAGUGUUCCCAGUCAUACGUAUUCGCAUGAAGUCGUUACGUUAUGGUACCGUCCACCAGAUGUUCUGCUUGGCAGCACUGAAUACUCGACAUCGCUGGAUAUGUGGGGUGUCGGCUGUAUAUUUGUGGAAAUGGUAACUGGCAUGCCAACAUUCCCCGGUAUACGUGAUACAUAUGACCAACUGGAUAAAAUAUUUAAAUUACUUGGCACACCCACUGAAGAGACGUGGCCGGGUGUAACACAUUUCCCUGGUUAUAAGCCGCAUAAGUUAGGUUUUUAUCGACCCCGUAAAUUAGGUCACAAUUUUCCUAGACUCUAUGACAUCGUUGAUGGUGAAACGAUAGCGAAUGCCUUCCUGCAAUUAAAUCCAGAACAAAGAAUAGGAGCUGAAGAAGCGCUGCAGCAUCCCUACUUCGCGCCGUUGCCGAGAAAACUCUAUGAGUUACCCGAUGAGACAUCAAUAUUCAGCGUAGAGGGUGUUCAUUUGUUUCCUGAACCAAACCGGCUAAGUAAAUGAAAAUUAAAGCAAACCCUUUCGGUGGAUGGUGUACGUUUCUAUUGUUAGCAGCAACAGCCAUAAAUAUUGUAAUUCAAGUUUUUUACUGCAAACCUAAUUUGUAUAACAUAUUUUUUUUAUUUUUGUUUUGUAAUACUUUUACUUGUAAAGCAAAGAUGGAUGAAACAACAACUACUCUUGGUUUAUAAAAUUCGUUAAUUACCAGCGAAAAUCUAAGAAAAUCUAAGAAAAUAUAUAAAACAAAAAGAAAUUUAAAAAAAUGUACUAAGUAAAAGAACUAAAGUGACUAUGUAGAACAUAACAACAACAAUAACAACAUGCACACACCCAGCCAGAGACACACAAUUAUUAUAUGGCAAUGUAAAUACUGACUUGUAUUGAAACAAAAAAAAAAAAUAAAGAAAAAUUAAGAAAAAUAAGAAAAAUUGCAAAAUAACACGAAAAUAUAAAAACUUGCAAAUAUCACUUAGCAACAAAAUCGAUUCAAUUAUAGUAAUAAAAGUAAAACAGAAAAUUAUAAGAUGUGCACUAAAAUUAUAUUUUUAACAUUUUAAUAGAAUUUGAACAACAAAUAUUGUAGCAAAAAAUAGCAAAGGCUAAAACAGUUGAAACUUCUUAGGCCAAUAAUGAUUUUCGAAAAAGUGAAAAGCGAAAAAUUGUAAGUACUAACGAACAAAUGUGAAAUUGAAGGGAAACAAGUUUUAAAAGUAUUAAACAGAAAACGCAAAGCAGUGUCAAAUUUUUGGAAUACCAACAUAAAAUAAGAAACGUAGUGAAACAUGUCAAAAUUAAAUACAAUUACCGAAACAGUAGCAUUAAGAAUAAACAACAAAUAGACAGACACUAAACUAAACUAAAAUCAACUCAAAAUCAUAAACUCAAAAGAACUUUAAUAUUCAUAAACAACUAAAACUACAACUAUAUUCAAAAACAAAGGAAAUCAAUCUAAAAUAGUUUAAAAUUUAUUUUACUAAAGUACGAAUUAUUAAGUAUGUGUACUUGUAUGUGUAUUGAUCACGUGCCUCAAGGCCCUCAGGUCCUCGAUGAGCGUAAGCACUUUCCCACGCACGCAAGGUUUUUUCCGUUUCGUAUGAAGUGAGUCUGGAGCGAAGAUAUGCUCGUACAAGGUGGCGCAAAAUUAAGCACCCUAACGGAAGAUUUUUAAUUUUGGCAAUUUGGCGUUGUACGUUCAUCAUAUUUGACACUUGUCAGCUAAAAAGCUGCACUACUGACACUUGUGAGCUAAACAGACAGAUGCGAUAGAGCGCGCAACGGUAAAAAUAAAGAUUUCCUGCAUUCAAAAAUUUUUUUUUGUUUAGUAAAAAAGUCAUUCAGAAACAAAAUUGGGUGAUUGAUUUUGCGCCACCUGUACAAAUAUUAUUAUUAUUAUUAUUGACGCAGAAGGCAACAAUUUAGGCAUGGGUGGGCUACCGUCGCUACACAGGAAUUAAGAAAAAAAAAUUAAAAAACAUUCAGAACCAACUUUCAAUAUUUUAAAAAUCACAGAAAAGCAAAAAAACGAAAAAAAAAAAACAACAACCUUAGUUACUAUUGUAGCUAGCGGCCGGCAAUUUGUAGUUAAUACUUACAUUUGAAAUAGCGAGAAAAAUGUGAAAAAGUUGAUAUCAUAUUUCUCGAUAUAUACUUAAGGAACAGCAUUUACAAAAACAAUAUUUUUGACAUUUACGUUUGAAUCGAAAAUCAACAAUAACACCAAGUGGCAAGAGGGAAGAGGCCAGAGCAUAACCUUGACUGACUAGUCUCUUAGUCAUUUUUCACAUAAAUAUUUUGGCACAUCAAUGGAAAAUUCCACUUUGACGCGUUAGAGUUUCAAAGAAAUUUAGGUCGAAAAAAAGAAUACGAUUUUUUCCUCGCGUACACUACCAAGCGAAUACAUUUUGGUGAAGUAAUGAAAAAUUCUGUUCCAACGCAUUGGGGGUUUGUGAAAAUUUAGGGCAAAGUGCUUUCUAGUAAGAAUCAUUUUUAGUCAUCCUUUCAACUAACCAGCGAAGCGCCAUUCUCCUUAAUUUAUGGGAUAGUACAGAAAAAUUCAGCCGUAGAAAUUUUCUGUCAAAGUGUUGAAAAAAUGCAAUUUUGGCUUUGAGCGCUGUUUUAGACACUUCCUUUUAUAGAUAUAAAGGUCACGACUUGAGUUUGUGAUAUUUUAUGAUAUAACUUGAAAUGUAAAACAAAUUAACUUACAAGUAUACCUGAAGCGUAUUACUUGUUGUUUACUACUGUACAGGGUCUUUCAAGCGCCACAUUUUUUUAACUAAAAUUUAACACAAAUUUUGAAUAGAAGUGUAUUAUCUGUUUUUUUACACAACUAGUAGAUAGAGGGUCUUCAAUAUGUGAGUACUAAAUGAUGCGUUCUAAAUAUCCACUGCGUGUACGCUGGAAGAUGUUGCUUCAGUUAGUGAAAUUUUCGGUGAUAUUUACUUAACUAAAGGGUGGUUAAGUUUCAAAGGCCGGUGUUGAUUUUGAAUAAAAUACAAUUUUUUUUAGGAAAUUAUUGUCAUUUCUCUUUAUUCUGAUAAUACUAGUAUGGCUCAAUUACAUACGGAACAAAAUAUCGGCCGAAUAGCCGCCGCGGUCUCAGCAGCACACCUCCAUCCGAUGGUCUAAAUUUUCGAUGACGCUGAGGUAUGAUUGAGGUUCUAUGCCGUUAAUGUGCCGAACUAUCUCAUCCUUUAGCUCUUGAAUUGUUGCUGGCUUUUCAACGUACACCUUUUCUUUCAAAUAAUGCCAAAGAAAGAAGUCCAGCGGUGUCAAAUCACAUGCUCCUUGGCGGCCAAUUGACAUCGCCGCGACGUGAGAUUAUUCGGCCAUCAAAUUUUUCACCCAAAAUCACCCUUGUUUCGUUAGCUGUGUGACAAGUGGCACCGUCCUGUUGAAACCACAUAUCUUCCACAUCCAUAUCUUCCAAUUCAGGCCAUAAAAAGUUCGUUAUCAUCUCACGAUAGCGAACACUAUUCGCAGUAACUGCCUGACCAGCCUCAUUUUGGCAAAAAUACGGCCCAAUGAUGCCGCCGACCCAUAAACCGCAACAAAUAGUCACUCUUUGUGGGUGCAUUGAUUUUUCGGCAAUCACUCUUGGAUUAUCAUUCGCCCAAAUGCGGCAAUUCUGCUUAUUGACGAAUCCACUGAGGUGAAAUUGUGCCUCAUCGCUGAAAAUGAUUUUCUUCGAAAAUUGGUCAUUCACUGUUGCCAUUUCCUGCCACCAUUCUGACCAUUGACGUCGCUUGAAAUGGUCAAAAGACUUUAGUUCUCGAGUCAGUUGCACCUUGUAAGCGUGUAAAUGCAAGUCUUUAUGCAUAACGUUCAUCAACGAGCGUGAGAGGUGCAGUUGUUGGGCACGACGACGAGUUGAGGUGGACGGCUCUUCAACUACACUAUCGCGAACAGCAGCAAAUAUUUUCUGCAGUACGAGCAUGCACUGGUGUUUUCACAUCUCCUACAGACCCGGUUUGCUCAAACUUUUGCACAAUUUUUCCGAUUGUAUGCACAUUUGGACGAUUAAAUUGACUGAAAAAAUCACGAAGUGCGCGAUAUGCAUUUUGAUUUGAACGCUCGUUUUCAUAAUAAGCCUGAAUAACUUUAACGCAUUGCUCGAUUGUGUAUAUCUCCAUGGUUCAAAUUGAGUUAGUCUGAAAUUGAAAAAUGUCAAAUGAAAUGCAGAAAAAAACUCGACGUUUAGGUGUGAUUCACAUUCAACAUCGGCCCUUGAAAUUAAACCAUCCUUUAUAAUACUUCAUUUAGCUACUAUUAGUGCUAUAUCUCGAAAAUUUUGCACAGAAUAUCUUUUUUCAUACCUUUCUAAUUUUUUAUGAAUUUGUUCUGGUUUAUUCACAUAAAGUCCGUCUUUGAAAUCCAUAGAUCCAUAGAAAAUAGUCCGAAAGCGUUAAAUUGGACAAUUUUGCCAAAUUUGCCAAAUUAUUGCAGAAUAAAGUGCGGAAAACGCCUAUCCAGCUAUAUUUUCGGGAAAAAUAAAAAAUUGUCUAGAAAAUAGUGCGCAUCUAACCAUGCCAAAAGACAUUUUAGGUCCUGUUCCGUACCAGUCGCCUGAGCUUAUUCGAUAUACUUUUUUAUGUCAUGCUCUGUUGGACGAUUAUAAUGACCGAAAAUAUUCAACUUUUUUUCAAUUAUUUUCAUACUUCUUUUUAUACUAAUUUUUAUUUUAUUUUUUCAAUCAUUUAAAUAAUUUCUAAUAUUUCUCCGUAUAAGAAACGCCAACGCACUCUCAGACCUGUUAGAACAAAACACUGCAAAGAAUGAAGCUCUGUUUUGAAAACUGCUGUCCUCGCAACCAAAGAAUGUUAGAAAGUGAGAAGACGCAAAUGUUACUGUUAAAUUAACAGUCUGUGGUGCAACUAACAUAUGCUGUUAUAUACACGAGCGCUAACAUGAAUCUGUCAACCCUUAACAUGUUGCUGGCGCGAGCGAAGUUAACACUGUAGGAGCAGCUGUAAAUGUGCUGAAUCGACACUUCUGGUACAAAAUUUGUAGAACUAAGCUUCCUUUGAUCUAGUUUUUGUUGUAAUUAAUUGUAAUUAUGUGAUUCUAAGAAAUCAUCUAAAUUAUUAUUUUUUGUGCGCUUGAACGAAUUUUCCAAUUUUUUCCACCUGAUAAAAUAUUUUUUUAUUUUGUUCUCAGUUUAUUCACUUUGCCUCAUAGUCAAGCAAUUAUUUUCAGGGCCCGAUGUUGAAGGAUAAUCGUAAAUGUAAUACCUAUAUGCAGUGCUUACCUCGUCGCGAUUCACAAAAGUUUACUAAAAUUUAUUUCUCUAAACAUUUUGGUUUCACCCACACAUUUUUGGGGAAUGCUGCUGCCAUGACAGUUCUUGUGUCGUUCCGACUUGGGGAAUAUUCUUAGGUUAAUACAAUAUUUCAAUGCUUCCAAAUUUGUUGAAUAGCAGAAUAACCAACUGCUUUUAAAUCUGCGCAGUGCGAUCUCGACAAUGCAGCCUAAGAAGGGUUGUUUCGCUAAAAAUUUAAAAUUAAAUUAAAGAUUAAAAUUAUUUUUUCUACGGUCAUAAAAAUUCUUCAUUAUGGCUCUUUUUCAUGUAGGUUUCGGAAAUAAAAACUCGGCAUAAAUCUUUAGAUAUGAAUUACUUUGUUGUCAGCUAGAGGUCGAUAAAGCUAACUUUACUUUAGAAGCAUGUAAAAAUGACUAUUCUUCUUAAUUGGCGCGAUAACCGCUUAAGCGAUUUUAACCGAGUUUAACAAAGUGCGCAAGUGGUUUCUUUCUCAUGCUAACCGGCGCCAGUUGGACACACCAAGUGAAUCCAUCCCUUCUCCAACUGAUCUUUCCAACGCAGAGGAGGCCUUCCUCUUCCUCUGCUACCACCAGCUGGUACCGCAUCGAAUACUUUCAAAGCCGGAGCGUUUGUUGCCAAUCGGACGACAUAACCCAGCCAAGGUAGCCGCUGGAUCUUUAUUCACUGCGCUAUGUCUAUAUCGUCGUAAAGCUCAUACAGUUCAUCGUUCCAUCGCCUGCGAUAUUUGCCGUUGCCAACGUGCAAAGAUCCAAAAAUCAUACGCAGAAUCUUUCUCUCAACACUCCAAGCGUCGCUUCAUCGUAUGUUGUCAUCGUCCAAGCUUCUGCGCCAUACGUUAGGACGGGCAUGAUGAGAGCUUUGUAGAGUGUUAAUUUUGUUCGUCGAGAGAGGACUUCCGUUCGUAGGAGUCAUCAUCAGUGAAGGUAGUUCUCAUCCGAGUGUUUGCCUUUUCAUUGGGGGGGAUUUUUAAGUGGCGGGUCCCAAACCCAGCGCACAACCAGUUAUCCUGGAAUGUUUCGCCUUCUCACUUUAGCUCACUCCCGAACGGGUGUUCGGAAGCUACCCAGAGGAUACUUGGGCUAAUCCCCGGAGUUGUGAGCUGCUUGAAACAUAUGCAGAAGUAUCGUCCUGGCCACUCCCAAGUGAAUGGCGAUCUGUAACUUUCCCCACUUGCGUGGACUUCUACACGUGGAACCAUCUUCUAAAAUGAUACAAUAGAAAGCACAAAGAGCUCUUUAUAAUAGUUUGUCGGUUGGUGUUUUUUUUUUUUGUUUUUGUCACGAUGUGUAAAAAUAUUUCUGCAUACUUAUAAGGAGGAAUACUCAAAGUCUUUCCACUUUGUUGGACAUCUAAAGUUUCAGCGCUUCGCAAUUGAUCUUGCCCAUUCUUAUAAAAAAAACCGCUGCAGCAACAACGCGAGUACGAUUGUACGAAUAUGGGAAAGUUUGUUUGGUUUUGUCUUCCUGCUUAAAAAGAUUUAUUUUAAUUAUGAUAAAAACUAAAAAUUACAAAAAAAAAAUAUUAUUAGUAGAUUGAUAUUUGCUUAAAUUUAAUUUCAACAUUUGUAUAUGAGUAAAUAUUUUUGCCAAUUAAUUAUAAU